ACCAGCACGCUCCUGACUGGGUGAAAUUACUCUCCUCCCGGAGUCAUGCUUGCGAAUACAUUCAACAGGCAAUCCAGGACCUACAACCUUCGAAUGCAGAAGUGCAUCCAUAUGUAUGAUAGUGUUUCGAUGGCACAUGUGCUUCAGAAAUUCUAUAAUCGAGUCGUUAUGUGUAGCCAUCCACAAGCGCAUCGGCCGGCGGUCGCCGUCAAGAUGCACAGCCAAGCGCCGGACCCUUCCUUGGCCGCCGUCCACAAGUCAUUCCACGCCCCGGUAGCGUAAAUCCCUGUAUCGAUUAUUCGCUACGUCGCAAUCGCAUGUGACGAAAU